AUGACCUCACACCGGAGCCAGAUCAUAUAUGCACCCUCAGAUCAGGCUCCCCGUGGGGUGAAGUCCGUCUUUCUCGCGGGCACAACGAGCAAGGUUGACGAGGCUGACUGGCGAGAGACUCUAUCUGCCCUGUUUUCUGACCUGCCGGUCACAAUCUACAACCCAUACCGCGCUGACUGGGACAGCACGUGGCGCGAAGACAUCAACUUCGUCCCCUUUAGAGAGCAGGUGGAAUGGGAGCUCGCAAUGCAAGAAAAAGCCGAUAUGGUGGUUAUAUACUUCCAUCCCGCAACCCAAGCACCGAUUAGUCUCCUUGAGCUCGGCCUGUGUGCACGGACACCAGGGAAAGCGAUUGUGCUUUGUCCAGAAGGGUAUUGGAAACGAGGGAACGUGCAGAUUGUGUGCCAAAAGCUUGCCAUUGAAAUGGCGGAAACCAUCGAGGGUCUUGAAGAAGCCAUCAGAGAGCGACUGUGCGUCUAG